UGGGGAUGAAAAUUUUGAAGGUGCAAAGCUGAGUCCUCAUUCACAGCGAUUCCACAGUGAUUAAAGAAAGCCUCAGUCAGAAUCUCCCCAGUGUCUCAUUAACUAGGUUCAGCUCCCACUCUGCAGCUGAGGCUUGGCAAGACAGUCACAAGUUCUAUCCCAGCUGGAGGGGGAGAGAGAGGCUGAGGGUUGAAAUUAUUUUAUCUCCUCCAUUAGCCUCUCCCUUCCCCCAUUCCAUCUCCCCCCUCCAGCUCCCUCCGAUGCAAGAAAAUGAGAAGGCGGGAGGUACCUCCAUGUCUGACUCAGAAGGGAUAAGGGGAUUGUCAGCGACACUGGAACGGCGCAGGUACAGAGCCCUCUCGGCGUUAACUCGUCAAGCGAGAAAAGGAUCGCUGCGGUGGAAACGGCGAGCUCACCUCAGUGGCUGAAAAGAUUUCGGACGCUGUCAACGGCUGGGCACCGCUACACCGUUUCGGUCGAUGAGGCAAAAUGCGGAAAGCUGUCACCGAAUCUCUCCGGCGGCACAAAGCGGUGUGUGAGAGGGAAUCGGCAGGGGUGGGGGGCAGUGUCUCACUCUGAGAGCUCGCUUCACUGACACUCCCCGCACCUCACCCCCGAAAGAAAUAUCGAAUUCUCUGACGGCGGACACUUUACAUCUCGAAGACAAAGGGUGCUGGAGGUGUCCGGGCGCUUCUCCGGCCGCUGUGCAACGGAAUCGGUGCUGACCGGUUUAUUGUACCUCACGCUCCGAGGACGGGUCGACAACCCAAGAGGCAUUCAUCGCCUCUGGUCCAAAAACAACCCAAGCAAGCUCCAGAACUCUGUGUGUGGGAAGAAUAACUGAAGAUCUUUCUAGCGACCAGUGGCUGGUAACACCGAAAAAAUGCAGGUCAGGUUGGAUAGCCGCACACAAUUGCUCUUUAUUGCUCUGACAUGUGCAACACUCCUGUCUCUGGUGUACAUUUCUUUUAAUUCGCCCAGGUUAAUAAUGCGGGCUGCCAAAGAGAAACCAGAGUUUAAAUGGAGGAAAAGUUACGUCAUUACAAAAUAUGAAAAUUGGUUCAAUGAUAGUGCUGUUACCGAUCAACAGACAAAGACCUCAUGGGGUGCUCCUAUUAUGUGGGAUGGGACCUUUGACCCAUUGGAACGUGAUGAAUUCUACAUUCAAAAGAAGGUGGUGAUUGGCCUGACCGUAUUUGCGAUUGGAAGGUACAUUGACAGAUAUUUGAAGGAUUUCUUGGUUUCAGCAGAGCAGCAUUUCAUGAAAGGACUCCAGGUGAUCUAUUACGUGAUGGUUGACAAUGUCAGCAAAGCCCCUGAACUGCAGAUGUCUCCAGGCCGGACCAUGAACGUGAUCCAGGUUCCCAAACAAUCUCGCUGGCAGGACAUCAGCAUGAUGCGUAUGCAGCAAAUCAAUGACCUCAUCCAGGAUAAGAUCCGUUUUGAGGUCACCUAUCUCUUCUGCUUUGAUGUUGACCAGGUCUUUGUGGGGCGUUUUGGGGCUGAAGCUUUGGCAGACUCAGUCGCUCAGAUCCACUCGGCUUUCCUCACCGCCAGCCGCAACCAAUUCACCUAUGAGCGUAACCCAAACUCAGCAGCUUACAUCGCACCAGACGAGGGAGACUUCUAUUAUCAUGCUGCUGUUUUCGGAGGCACACCAUACCUGGUUUUUAACCUGACUAGGAGCUGCCUGGACGGGAUCAUCAGAGACAAAAGCAAAGGUAUCGAGGCAAUCUGGCAUGAUGAGAGCCACUUGAACCGUUACUUUUUGGAUCACAAACCUGCUAAGCUCUUAUCUCCUGAGUAUUGCUGGGAUCGAAGGCCAGCCAAAUAUAUCAGAUACGUCAGGAUGAAAUGGAUGCCCAAGGACUAUAAGAAAUUACGUGACAAUUGAAUGGGAGAGGAGUCUACUAACCUUUCCUGUUGCUAGGUUAUCAUCAUUUGACUGGGACUCUCUCUCUUGUCAACCAUUAAAAUCAAAACACGUCCUUUCAAAUCUUUGAACAAAACAAUUCCAGACAAGAAUUUUGCAGUCUUUAAUGCAUGGCAAGGGCUAACUGCUUGGGGCCGAUUUUUCCAUUCAGGAACAUUAUGAGUGGAACUGACACCAGUCCUUGGAUUUGAAGAGUUUGACUAUCCCUAUUCUGAUUGUCGUUCAGUCAAUCACUUACUCCAAUAUUCUGCCUAGCUUGUGUGUCUGAGGGUGUUCACCACCAAAUCACAGCCUCUUCCACAUAUUGUUGCAAGCAGUCUUCUCCUCACAAAUUACAAAUUCUUUACAGCGAAGAUAAUUAGAACAAGGACUCUUUUCCAGUUACCUUUUUGAAGCAUAAUCCAUAAUUUAUUUUAAAAUGAAUCGGUUGUUUUGCUGAAAAGAUGAUUAUUAACAGUUGUGGAGAAACAAGAGUCAAAUUAGGCUCAAUUUGCACUGAAAGGUGUUGGCUUUAAUCUUGUUUGAUAUUAAAUCAGGAUGUGCUUUUCUACAUUGCUGGGAGUUUUAAAUAAAAAUUUAUAGUACA